AUGUCAGGAAUAUUAAAUUUACUAAAUGCUGAUGAUUUAAUUAGUAAACAACAACAACAACAACAUUCAGGUAUUACUACUCCAACUGAAAGUUUAUCUUCAAAUUCAUCUCCUAAAUUAGAUUAUUCUUCUCCACAAUCUACUUUAAAUUCCCCAUUCCAACCACCAGCUACUAAACAACUGACAAGUAAUAAACCUUUAGUUGUACUUAGAGAUCAAAUACCAAAAUCAAGAAUCAAUAAAAAAAUAUUAAAUAAUAAGAAGUUUGUUAAAUUAGCAAUUAGAAGAAAAUAUUCAACUAAAAAGAUUAAAAAUGAUACCAAACAAUCAAAACUUCAUAUUAAAUCUUUAAAAGCUGGUAUUAAAGUUAAAAUGACAUUAUCAAAUAAUUUAUUUUCUUUAUAUCAUAAUUUGAUUCCAUUUACUGAUAAUAGGAAAUUCUAUAAUUUGUUUGAUACCAAUGAUUAUCAAGAUGAACAAUUGAAUUCCUUAUCAAAUGAUAAGAAUUUAAUUUCUAAAAGUUUACAAUUAAUUAAUAAUAAUGUUGUUGAUUUAAGUGAAUAUUCAAAUAAGAUAUUAAAAUCAUUUACUAAUGGUAAUUCAACUCCAACUUUUAAUUCAUUAGAUACUGCUUUAAAUUCAUUAUUUGGUACUAAGAAUUUCACAUUAGUUAGAAUAACAAGAUCAACAACUGAUGAUGUUCAUGGAAGUACUAUAUUAAAAUUAGAAACUGCUACUCCAGGAGAUUUUAAUCUUAUUGAUGAUGAAGAAAAUAGUGAUGAAAUGUUGCAUAGUUUAGGUAAAGUAAAUGAAGUUCCAAAUAAUUUAUUUUUUAAAAAAAUUAUUGCUAGACCAAGAUAUAAAUCAAAUAUGAAGAUUUAUUUCAUACCUGAAUGUUUAAAUUAUUCAUUAUAUACGGAUUAUAGAAUGUUUGAAAGAGAUUUAUUCAAUGGGAUUAUUCAAUUGAAUUUUGAAAAUGAUAAUGAUGAUUUAAAUGAUUUAAAAAUUAAAAGAUCAAUUGGUUACAAUAGAGAUAUCUAUUGUACUUUCCCAUGUGAUGAUGUUUUAAAAAAUUAUAAGAAAUCCAUUAUUGAAAGUAAAUCAAUUAUUGAUCAACCUAAACAAGAAGAAGAACAAGAAGUAGUGGUAGUGGAUUCAAAACCAACUGUUGCAUCAUCAACUUUCAGUUCACCACAUCAAUUACAUCCAAUUAGAGCUCAUUCGAUGGAUGAUAGUUUAAUGAUGGUAUCAAACAAUCAAUCAAUGGCACCACCUUCUAUUUCAGGACCUCCUCCACCACAACAACAACAACCAGUUGGAUUUCCACCAUUAAGUAGAAGACCUUCAUUAAUUGUGUCACAUCAUUAUUAUCCUUCAAAUUCCCUUCAAGGAGUUCCAUCAUUCCCAUUGCAUCAACAACAACAACAACCUCUUCCUCCACCAAAUUUCAAGUAUCCAUUUACUCCACUUCAACAACAUCCUAAUCAACAACUGUAUUUCCAACCUCGUCUAUCAAUUGAUAGUAAUACAUCACCAAGUUUUAUUCAUUUACCUCCACCUCCUCCACCUCCUCAACUUCCAAUUAUUUUACCUCAAACUCCAAGAUCUUCAAUUGUUAGAGAAAAUGUAUUAGGUUUAUUAAGACCUUUUGAUGAUUCUACUUCUAUUUCAAAUUCUAAAUCUGAACCAUAUCUGGAUAUGGUUAAUAAAAGACGUAUGUCUAUUCAAGAUUAUUAA